UGUACUCAAAAAUUUGAAAACCACGAGGACAAAGCAAGAAAUCAGAACAAUAAGACUUGAUCCACGGUUUACAUCCUUUUCAAUCCUUCCCUCCUGAAGCAGUUAAGACAUAUACUCUACUCCAAUACUUCAUCAACCGUUAUCAUUUUACAACUAAAAAUGCUGAGGCUGUCAUUACGCUUGUGGCAUCUGUGCCUACUUGGAUUGUUUCUAACACCUCUAUUACAUGUGUCUGGUCCUGGUUUGGCGGCUGCCCAGGAUGAUGUGAUUGGUGAGGAAGAUGAAGAUAUUGAGGUGGAGGAUGACGAUGAAGAAACUGUCUCUGUCCCAGAAGGGGGCACAUUAGAGCCUGAUGAGGGAGAGGAUAACAGUGCAAUGGUGGAGGAGGAGGAGGAGGAGGAAGAGGAGGAGGAGGAGGUCGGAGUCCACCCUGAUGCUGACACCACCUACAUCUUUGUUGGCAAAGAAAGCACAGAGUUCUUUGCUGGAGAGAAGAUUCAUGCAAUGCUUGGGUUCACCAACAAGGGGCAGUCUAACGUUGACUUAAUUGUCACCUCCAUUGAUGGCUCAUUCAGGUAUCCUCAGGAUUUCAGUUACACCAUUCAGAAUUUCUCCUUGAUCAAUUACGACACGUAUGUGAAGCCUGAGACCGAGGUAACUUUUGACUACUUCUUUGCUCCGAGUGAGUCAUUCUAUGCUCGCAGUUUUGGACUACAGAUCAACAUCAUGUACAAAGAUCCAGAGGGUGUUGUGUACCGCACUGCUGUGUACAACGACACAGUCAACAUCAUCGAGUUGGAGGAAGGUUUUGAUGGUGCGACGUUCUUCAUGUACGUGUUCAUGGUGUCUGGGAUCUCCUUGCUUAUGUUCAUAGUACACUAUGUCUACACUACAGUCAUCAGGAGACCUAGGUCGACUGUAAAGAGGAGAGUUGAAACGGGUACUCAAGGCAAAGAUGACAUUGACUACCAGUGGCUGCCAGAGGGCUCUAUCCCUGGCUCCCCCAAAAAAAGCCCUAGAACCUCUCCCAGGAAGACAAGAAGCAGCACCAAAAAAUAGGACAGACAUUUAGUUUAAUAGGCAAAUUAUAGGCACAGAAUCUAUGUUUUGAUCAUCUUAAAUAAAUAAUUUUCUAUAUAAGUAUUUUAAUCACUGUA